AUGUUGCCAGAUGUCAACAAGGCCACUCUCGUCAAAACAAGUACUCAUAUAUCGACUAGUGGUCUCACCAAAUACAUCUCAAGCACAACCACAAUGGCGUCAUUCGCCAGCCCACAGUUCCAGUCCAUGGAACCCGACAUCAGGCUGGAAGACUACCUGGACGACAAGCUUCAGUCGACCACCGACCUCGAGAACCUGGACAGCCUGCUCGCCAAUGUCGAAGUCCAGCGCAGCCAGCUGCAGUCUCAGCUCGACGAUGCCACCAAGGAGCUCGAGCUCGCACGCCGAUCCACUGGCGACCGCCAGAGCUCCCUGCUGAGCCAGAUCAACGAGUUCCAGAAGCUCCAGCAGAGCAUCGACGUCCGUCUGCAGAUAGUGGCUGCCUCGGACGCUCCAGAUGAGGCGAUCCGCCGGCUCGAGCAACCCAUGAAACAGCUACAGAAGCUCGACCUCGCGCACAAAUACUUGGUACUGCUACAGGAUGUGGAGGAUCUGCGGUCGGCGGCGCGGUCGCAUCUGCCGCAGAGCCCGAAGGAGGCGUUGCAGCCAUAUACACGGCUCAAGCAAUUGUCGAUUUACAUGAAGGAGCUGCAGGGCCCUGCGGACGAGGCGGCCGUUCAUCUGGUCAACCAUGUCGCAAAAAUCACGGCAAGCUUGUGGGACGAGAUGAAAAUGACUAUGUGGGCAGAGCUGGAGACCAUCCUCAACCAGCGAGGCUGGCCAAAGGUGGACCCGCGUUCUGAUAUCGACCAGGAGUGGCGCGACUGCUUCGAGAAGCUCAUGGAUCUCCAAGUCCCCGAGGUGCUCUAUUCGGACAUCACUGUCAGCCUCUUACCCAUCGAUGUCAUGGCGCAGAUCUUCGUCAAGGAGUUCCGAUUCCACUUUCUAAGCGACAAAGUGACCAGCAAUCCCCAGAGCAUCGGAACCCACUGUUUCCCAUGGUUCCUAGCUCUGUUAGAAAAAUGGGAGGAUUUCUUCCGGGACAACUUCAGCAUUAUCCUUGCUUCCAAGUUUCACGAGACACCGGUAUCCGACAAAAUGGUAUAUAUGGAUCCGACUUGCGCUCUGAUCACAUCCCUCCUUCCGGUUCUGAGAGAAAAGCUUGAUUCUUCAGUAGCUGUUGCAUUGAACGACCCUGCCUUCUUCAGCAGCCUGCUCUCUCAGCUGAUGACCUUUGACGAGAAUCUGCGGUCUAGAUACAACUAUGAUGGGGGAGAUCCAGAAAGAGGGUGGGGAGGCCUGGCGUCGGAAGUUUUAGACAAGCACUUCGGCCAAUGGCUCAGUGCAGAAAAAGACUUCGCUCUGGAGCGAUACAAGGUGAUUAUGGCCUCACCGGAUGCUAGAAACAUCGACUACGAGUAUAAUGGUCCAGGCAAAACAAAGCCGACUUACGGUGCCGUACGGGUUACUGACCUGCUGCGAUCCGUGACAAGCCAGUAUGAGCGGGUCAGGCGAUUUUCUCACAAAUUACGCUUCCUGAUAGACAUUCAGCUUGAGCUUCUCGACGCUUAUCACGACCGACUCAAAGAGUCCUUGGAGGCUUAUUAUUCUAUCACAUCAACACUAGGUCGUACCUUGCAUGGUAUUACUGCGGAUCAGGUCGCUGCUUUGGAGGGCACCGGAGCGUUUGAGACUUUGUGCAAAGUGUACGGCAGCGCAGACCAUGUCAUCAAUAUUCUGAAGGACUGGAGCAACGAGGAAUUCUUCGUCACUCUAUGGGAGCAGCUCCAAGCCAGGGCGAAGAAGUCAGAAGAUCAGAGCAAUCUCGCCGGCGGAAUGAGCUACGAUCAUGUCAGAGAACGUACUUCUUCUGUUGUUGGCAACGAAGAAGAUGGUGAUGAUGGUGUCUUGUUCGAUGAGACCAUCGCAGCCUACAGCGCCCGAAGAAAGACCGCUCAGGAGUUUUUAGUGGCAGCAAUUGUCGAAUCUCACCAGAAGGCAUUCCGACCCUAUCUACAGCGGCCACAAUGGACAACAAUCAACGAGGAGUCUUCGGCUAUUGAUCCUUACCAAUUGGCUAUCACAGCUGAGCUCGAUGAGCCUCUACGGAUAAUGAAGCGGAACAUCGAGUUCUUGGUCAAAGCCCUCAGCACGGCUACGUUCCGCCGCAUCUGGCGAGAGGCUCUCGACAAGCUGCAGGACAGCCUCUGGAGCGAGGUCCUGAUGCGGCAGAACUUCACCACAUUUGGCGCAGCGCAGUUCUUCCGAGAUGUGCAUGCUAUCGCGUCCCUUGUUGAUCGAUACAUCCCCGACGGGUCUGCAGCUUUGGCAAGCCUAUGGGAUGGCGUGAAGCUCUUGAAUCUACCGGUAGAAGCCCAGGAAGGGGGCGUUUCGCUCAAACAGGCGAGUGACCGCGUCUUCACUGAUAAUACCGAGGCGAAGAAGCUUUUGGAAGAUCUCCAAAUUGAGAGCCUAACGCCUGCCAAUGCCAGGCAUAUAUUGCAGCGCAGGGUGGAGAAUAGCGAGUAA